AUGUAUAUACCGAGAGCCUCUGUCCGACGGAUAAGUCCGCUUCUGCGCCCUCUCCGACCUCCGAACAUCCAGCUGCAGCCACCGAAGCCCAGGCUUUUCACCCAGAACUCCCAGCUCCUCCUCAUAUCACAACCCGCUCUCCGACCUCAGGUCCCCUUCCUGAACUCUCCCCGACAUCUCCCAGCUCGCAACAACGUCUACCGCCUCCAGCUCGCUCGGCUUCUCACCACCGAACGCAAGCGUUACCUCAUCGAUGAGCUGAAGCGGGGCAUCAAGAUCGGCGCCGGCAUAUUUACCGUCCUCGUCCUCGUCGGCAUCAUUGCAAUCGGUGUCCACGACGAGAAGCUGCAGCGGCAGUUUCCCAGCCCGCCGGACUGGAGCUUCAUGGCGGCCCGGACGUACCGCAGCGCGCGAGCCCAGGAGGACCCGGAGUUCAACGGCACGGGAAUCACGGACUGGGCGAGCACGGCGAACAUGUUCCGGCACGUCUUACGGCGGCUCGAGGAUCCCAAGCGCGAUGGCAAGGGCCUCGUCGAGCAGGAGGAAGGCGGCAUCUUGGUGCCUGGAGCCGGCAAGGCCGGAUACGACCUCACCGCCAAAAGCGAGCCGUGGAGACGAGGCUACUUCGAGACGUUGAUGCAUCUGGCGAGAUGCGCCGAGCACCUUGACACCUGGGUCCGCGACAAGACCCGCAACCGCGCCUUCCCCGCCAACGUGGUGAUUGGGCCCAGCAAUCCUAACCCCCGGCCGUGUCCACCGGGAGCUCUCACGGCGCCGCUGGAAGAGAACUGCGAACCAGCGUGGGAAGGACCGGAGAGCUAUUACGUCAAGAUCCUCACCUCGAAGGGCUUCUCGACCCGGCAACGCGUCGACGCCGCGCUCGCUUACGGCGACUGGCUAGACUACAAAGGCUUGCACGACACCGCGGCCGAGAUGUACCGCUGGGGCAUCGACAUCGCCAGUUCCGCCGUCCCAGCACCUUCACAAACCAUCAUCGACGCCAGCACCGGCGUGCUGAAAUCCACAGACUCCGGCUCCCCAGCCCCUAUAACCCCGAACCUCGCGCACGCAACCACACAGCUAGCGCUCCACCACGCCCGCACCGGCGCCGUCGACAAGGCCCUCCCAAUCUUCCUAUCCGUACUCCGCGCCUACCGUUCCGCGCCCCUCGCCCCUCCUACCGCAACUCCCUCCCGCGCCUCCUCCUCCGACGCCGCACUCUCAGACGCAGGCCUCAUGGCCCUCGCAUCCUCCCUCCUCUCCUUCCUCCGUCCCACCCGCUACCCCGAUCCGCCACCCUCGGGAAACGAGCCGCUAGCCCGGGCCCCCGGGACCAGCUGCGACGAGGCCGGGCUCAUGACGUAUAUCGGCGAGAUCUUAUUCGCGACCUCCCCAGGGCAGCGGGAAGCCGGGCUGAGAUGGACGCGCGAGGCGGUCGAGGCCGCGGAGAGGGGGGUUAGGAGUAAGGCGGUUGUGGCGCCACAGGAGAAGGCGAGGUGUGCGGAGUGUCUGGAGACGGGGCUUAGUAAUAUGGUGCUGAUGCUUGAGAGGCUUGCGAAGGAGGAGGGGGGAAGUGACGGUGGUGCUAGGGCGGGCGCUGGGAAGCAAGGUGGGAGCUGGUCCGGGUUCUGGUCGGUGGGCCAGAGGGGUGCGGAGGGUGGCGAGGCGCCGGAUUGGGCGGAGGAGGCGAAGGAGGCGGAGGAGAAGUUGUUGGCGUUUAAGAGGGAGGGGUUGAGGGAGACGUUUGAGAAGUCGGCUGCAGUUGCUGGGAGUACUUGGGUGGGCUGA